ACCAACUUCAAGGUGCGAUUCCGCUGACAGGCAACCACAGUUGACACAGUAUAUACCGUUUCCAGUUUGUCAGGCGGCAGAAAACGUUGGUCCAGGACCGUUUAGUUCCGGUUGCUGCUCGAAACCCAGAAAGUAUUCCCACGCAAUAAACAUGGCCAAACUCGUGAAAUUGGCGUUGUUGUCUCUGGCGGUAGCCUUGUUUGUGGUGUCUAGCGAAGGCACGAUCUAUGCUGGACAGUGCAUGGAGUUUGUGCCGAUUUUAUUGAAAGGCCGCAGUACAUCGGGUUACCGCAACGUUCGACCAGUUCCCGGGCCAUGCAGUUGCCAAGAAGCCCUUGAAAAAGCCCAAGCUCAUUCAGGUUCUGAUCGAUGGCUGCCGUCGUGCAAAGCGGAUGGCAAGUGGGAGCCUAAGCAGCACGACUCCAAGGGUGCCUGGUGUGUGGACUCCAACGGCAACCAGAUCACCGAGAAGGCCCGUGAUACUGCCGCUACCAGUCUUCACUGCGAUUAAUUAAUCAAAGGCUAAAGCUACCAAUUCUGAAAUGUGUUUUGUUUCUUCGACUUAAGUAACGUCAUGUUAACUGUCAGCGCAGUAAAUAUAACUUUGCCGCGUAAUUAAAAUCUUACCUUCUCUGA